ACCUUUAUUGCCUCAGACAUGUGAAAAACACAAAAAUACACGUUUUAUUAUACCAGCAAGAUAUUGAAAUUCAAAACAACACAGAACAUGCUUUUCUUUCUACAGAAAAGCGUAUGAGAAUUAAAAUUAUGCCGCAAAUAACGCAUAUUUCAUAAAACCCAGUGAGAUAAAGGUAAAACAUUUAUUAUAUGCAUUUAAACAUUAAUGAGCGAGUCCUCAAAUAACCACUAGAGGGCAUCCAGUCAAAAGCUUUACCAAUAAGGAAAUAUACCCGGAACGUAAACAUGAGCCCGCUGAUGUGUCAUUUCCGGUCAGGCUAUUUUCACAUUCAAUAAAAUGGCAUCGCCGAGCAGUGGCACUUCCCGGCGUUUAGUCCAGUAUGUGAUCGUCCGAUCAGAUCUCAUACACACUUUAUCGUGGCCUUUAGGGGCGGUUAUAACUCAAGCAUGUCACGCGGCCACUGCUGCUAUUCAUUUACACUACAGUGACCCCGAUACUCAGGAAUAUCUGGCAGAACUGGACAGCAUGCACAAAGUAGUGCUGCAGGCACCGGAUGAGGCAUCUCUCUCCACUCUUUCCAGUACGCUACGUGAAAAAGACAUUGCACAUAAACUUUGGAUGGAGCAGCCAGAGAACAUCCCGACGUGUUUGGCGUUGAAGCCCUACCCCAAAGAGACCGUGCAGCCAUUUCUAAAGAAGUUCAAGCUUUUCAAGUGAAUUCUGUAUGAAUUGUGCAAUAUUUUGAAACGAACUGUAUAAACACAAUGAACGAACGAACCUGCUAAAACAGCCUUCACAUCUCACAUUUGUAUUCAUUUAUGUUUUGUCUUGAUUCAUCGAUGUGGCAAAAGAUUACUCAUUAAAGUUGUUAGUAAUUUAAGUUAUUUAAUAUCUAAAAUGAAAACCGAAUGUCCUUAUUGUGAUCAGUUUGGGUAAUAAAUUUCUUCGACAAUGGAA